UCAUAUUUCUAGGCCUAGUCCAAAACUAGAUUGUACAUAUUUGGAUGAAAUUAUAUAACUUAAAACAAAUUUGUUUUUUAUUUUUAUUUUUAUUUUUAUUAUAAAGAAUUUACGGACAUUUUGUAAAACGAAAACAAUCGUUUUUUGGUUUUUGAUUGAUGAAUACAGGCACAUUUAAUGAAGAGUUAGAAAUGGAAAUGGAAUUUCUCAAAUUGUCCAAAUUCAAGCUUCGGCUUGGAGCUCUCGUCACUGAAUCUCGCGAUCUUAGAGAGAGAAACCGUUCCGCAACCGAACAAAUCCAUCUCUUAAUCCAGAAGCAAAAGCAAGCCGAGGAGGAAUACAGCAGAAGGUUAAAAGAAUUGCAAGCGGAAUUAGCUUCAUGUAACGAAUCACAGCAAAAACUUGAAAGAAAGGUGAGUUACCUUCAAAACGACAACGCUUUGCUUGAAAACAAGCGAAAGGACUUACAAGGAACCAUCCAGAGCCUACUUCAGUCCAGGGAUAGUUUUAUAAAUGCAUACCAGGAAUCUAAUUGUGAAAUGAAAAGGUCAAUUGAAGCUAGAGAUAGAAAACUCGCUGUCCUAUCUGAGAAAAUAAACUCUCAUUUAUCACUAUUUGAUUCAAUAGAAAAGGAGGCUUUCUCUGUCAAGCAGGUUGUGGAUAAUGUGGAAAGAAUUGUGAGUGAAAAAGAGGAAGUAGUUGCUGGAUUAAGGAGGAAAAUGGAUCAGGUCUCUGCAUUUGAAAAAGCAUUUGUUGAGAGGAUCCAUGACCUAGAAAAUAGACUGAAAAAUGAUGAGUAUGAGUUUCAAAGAAAGAAUAAAAUAAUUUCGGAGCUAGAAUCACAGUUUGAAGCAGCAAAAAGCAGUGACUGCAGCCAAGCUCAAAUUGAAGAGCUUCAGAAAACCAUAUUGUCAAAGGAUACGGUCAUACAGAAUCUAGUAUCUGAGAAAGAGGCAUUGCAUUUUGAGGUGAGAAGCUUAGCAAAUAUAUUACAGAGGAUUCAGAACGCUAUUGCAAAUAUGAAUGAAGAGGAAAGGAGGGCCGUCUCCUCAAUGCUGGAAAGUCAAGAAGAGUGCAAAAUGAUUACACCAAAGGAAGAUAAACGGAUUCAGGAUACAAUUAGACACAGUGCUGAACAAUCUCCAAAUAAGACUUGCAGCAUGGAUGCUGCAGCGAAUAGAGCUUCACAGCUAUCUCAGGGGUAUAAUUCAAUUGGCAACCAGUUGCAAGCAAACAAUGCUUUCGACUCUUGUGUUUCAGAGCCUGCCUGUUCUCCAGUGUCAGCUUGCUCCGACCCACAACCACCUGCUAAUGUUUUGAGCAUCUCUGUAAAGGAAAGAAUGGACAACUAUGCAUUAUCAGUACAGCAACUUGAUUCAGAGUGCUCAACCACCCAGAAACAGAAGCAUGAUCAUAUACGGAACGCACCAUGAUUGUUGCAGGCCUGACUCGAAUUAUGUGCAGUCACUUGUUUUUUUGGGACGCGUUUAUAUGUUGAAGUUUGAAUUCUGAUGAUAUUUCUUCCGACAUUUGCAAGUGCCAUGUUUGUACAUAAUCUGCUGAGUUAUCACCUUAAGAUUUAGACCAUGAUUGUAAAUAUUUUUUUCCCCGCUUUUGUGAAUGGCAUGAUUUCAAGGCUGUGGAGAUGUAAAUUGCCGAGGACAAUAAUGAAAUACAGCCCAUUUGGAUUGUUGGAUAUAUUUUGGGUUAGCUAUGACGGGGGAGGGAAACAAU